GCCUGCCUCGAGCGACGGUUGAAACACGCCGAGCCCACGCAGGAGUCCGUGCGGAGAGGGGAUGGCCCUUCCUGAAGGCGCAGGAGGGGAAGUUGUUGGACGAUAACGCGCGCUUAUCUGCGCGAGGUUCCAAACUGACGUCCUGGUAAUUUAAUAUAGCCGUUGUCAUUCAGAGCGCCAGUAGAAGCUGUUGGGUCGAUUUAUUCUGUUAAUAUUUCCUUCCCGGGAUUUGUAAAUUUAUUUGCCUUUAGCGUGCGGUACAACGUGUUGUGGUAAAACGUCACAAAAAUGGAAGAGAAACGAGACAAGAGAAUUGGCAAGUCGGGACAUUUAUGGUUAAGUGCUCGACGAAAGAAAAGGAAAGCAACGGCGGCGAUCGCAUACCAGCAAGAAAGGUAAGCAAAUCUUUAUCUGACAUUUUUACUGGACACAAAAAUGUCACACAUGCAUACAGUUGUAAUUUCAAGAAGUGUCUUGAACGUAUAUAUAAUAUUGUGACAUAUUUCUUAGGAAAAAGAAAAGACUUCAAGAACACUCGAAAAUUCCAGAGGAGAAUACUUCGACAGUAAUCAAUAAGGGAAACGAGGAAUGGUCGGCACCUUCUACAAGUCGUAGUGAAAGCGGAAUUCUCAAUUUGAUAACUGGAACAAAAAUCUUGCAGUACGAAGAGAAUCAUCAUAACAGUCAAGAUGUAGAUCUGCAGGAAGUACUUUCUGAAAAGCCCGUGACACAAACAAUAGUUCGAGACAACCUGAAUUCCAAAUCAUAUACUUGUCUACAGCCAGUUUCGAUACUACACGAGUCUGGAUGCACAUCCUGGGAAAGACAUGAAGAUGUUGCGGAAUUACAAUGCCGAGUUAGUGUCCCAACAUGUGGUGUCUCCGAAGCACCUCAGAAUACACAAGAGUGCUCUGGUAUGUCGGCGUGCCAUGUAGAGCAGUGCGGGGGUUUGCAUAGCAGUUCAGAAGAUCUUGAAAAGGAGACGCCUGUAUCCACAGUGAUCAUUACCAACAAAGCACAUGUCAACAAUGAUAAUGAAAAAUCACUCGAAGGAAAUCGUAUAGUGGACAUUUCAUUUAUCUUAAGGAAGAUGACCGAACUUGGAAACCACAAUCCUGCUUUUGGGUGUUCGUUGAAUAACUUAAAAUGCGUAAAUGAAAUUCGUCAUGGUCUUUGGUCUGUUAUCGUUUUAGAAUGCAACAUGUGUAACGGAAAAUUUUCUAUUCAGACUCAAGAUCCUGAUACUUCAUCAUCACAUAUGGACAUAAAUUCUAGAGCUGUUGCUGGAAUUAUGAGUGUGGGAGGUGGCUUUUCGCAUCUGCAAGAAAUAUGUGCUAGCAUAGGAAUGCCGAGCAUGUCUUCGAAAACAUACUCAGUAAUACACGAUAAGAUUUGCGAUGGCUGGGAAAAGGCAGCCAUAAAAGAAAUGCAGGAUGCAGCAAAGGAAGAAGCAGAGCUAGCAGUAGAAAGAGGCGAUGUGGAUGAAAAUGGUACUCCCCUUUUAACUGUUGCAGUUGAUGGUUGUUGGUCGAAGAGAUCCUACAGAACCCAUUAUAAUGCACCCUCUGGAGUAGCAGCAAUAGUGGGAUUCUACACGAAAGGCUUUGUUCAUGUCAGUACGGAACAAGUUUUGUUACGUAUGUGCACAAAGUAUAAGUGGAGAGGACAUUCCCAAGCAUGCCUGCUACAAAAAUUGGUCGGGAAGCUCCACUAGUAUGGAAGCAAAUAUUAUACUAGAAGGAUUUCAACAGAGUGAGGCGCUCUACAACGUGAAGUACAGUAAAAUGAUUGCUGAUGGUGACAGUAGCUGUUAUAAGAAGAUAUUGGAGGCACGACCAUAUGCAAAUCUAACUGUUGAAAAAAUAGAGUGCCGUAAUCAUCUUCUACGAAAUUAUUGUACCAAACUGAGGAACUUGUCAGAACAGCACAGGAUUGGUUCUUCAUCGCAAAGGAAAUUAUUACUUCAAAAAAUUUUGAAACUACGAAGGGCAGUGACCGAAGCUGUGAAACAUCGUAAGUCGGAAGAAAUGUCACUCCGUGAAAAAAUAGCUCUCCUUCAAGCCGACAUUUUGAAUGGACCAAGCCAUGUCUUUGGUGAUCAUAGUAAGUGUUGUCAGUAUUUUUGUUCGGGUCCUAAGGAAGGUGAGAAAAAUAUUGUGCCUGAACUGAAAAUGAGUGAGUUGUACGAACACAUUAUGAAAGCUGUUAAGUAUUUAGCAUAUAAUUCAAGGAGCUUAAUUCAUGAUGUCGAUAGCAAUGUUGUCAAACAGUUCAACUCGAUAAUAGCCAAAAUUGUUGGAGGCAAGAGAAUCAACUAUGCGCUAAAGAGAUCUUAUCAGGGAAGAUGCUCCGCUGCAGUUGUUUCUCACAACACCAAAAAGCCACAUUAUGUACUACACAAAACAUGGUGUGACGGUUUCAGCCCAAACAAGUUUGUCAAGAAAUUGGAGCUGUCUCGGUCAAGGAAAAGAGAAGAAACAGGUUCCAAAGAAAAGCGUGUGAAACGCGCUAUCAUUAUGAAAAGAAGCAAAUCUGAAAACCCCUCAGGUUUAGGAGAUGCUAACUAUGGUCCGAACUGUGAACGGCCAGAUAUGACCCCCGAUCUUUUUCAAGUAGAAAAAGAAAAUCUACUGAAGUCACUGGAAAAAACUGUUGAAGAACGCAGAGAAAUUGAGAGGGGAACACUUCUUCAAGCAGGUAGUGGUGAAUGGCUGGAACGGAGGCGCAAAAUGCUGACAGCUUCCAAAUUUGGACGAAUUUGUCGCCGACGUGCUACUACAAGUUGCAAAGCCUUGGUUAAAAACAUCAUAUACUCAUCGAGUAUUUCAAGUGUUCCAGCUAUUGCAUAUGGAAAAAAGAACGAAUCGAUUGCUCUUGAGCAGCUUGAAAGGCAAGAGAAUUUAGUAAUCCAACAAUGUGGCCUUUUCAUAGAUGAACAACUUCCAUUCCUUGGAGCAACUCCAGAUGGCUUGAUUGGGGAGCAUGGCCUUGUAGAAAUCAAAUGCCCGUCGUCUGCAGCAGGUAUCGAUGUAGAUAAAGCAGUUUCAGAUGGUAAAUUAGGUUAUCUGAUGUGCAACGACCAAAACAAAGUUACACGCUUGAAAACAAAUCAUGACUAUUAUUAUCAAGUACAGGGACAGCUACACAUCACAAACAGAAAAUUUGCUCUUUUCGCCAUUUGGACAUCAAAAGAUAUUCCCAUUAAAGUUGUUACUGUACAAAAAGAUGAUCAAUUUUGGAAAGAAAAAAUGGAGAAACAGUUGACCAGGUUCUAUUUUGACUGCAUGGUUCCAGAACUGGUAGACCCUCGUUCUACCAGAAACAUGGAAAUCAGAGAUCCAGAGUAUAUUAGGCAUAUUCCAUGCAAAAAGAAAGGAAAAGUGUCUGCCUCGAAGAACUCAAAAGACAUAAUAAUGCAAUGAAUUUUAUAGUUUCCUGUUUCCUGUACUUCCCUUUCAUGCUCAGAUUUAUCUGAAACGAUCAGGAGUGAGCUGAUGGAUAAAUCAUUUGUUAUUUGUGUGUAUAAGAACAUAUGGUCAUGCUAUGAAAAAUUUGUCAUGUAUUUUAAUUAUUACCAUAUUUUGUAAUUCAUAUGUAAUAGCCAGUAGUCUUUUUAUAACAUUUCUUGCAUACAUUUCAUAGUCUUCUUGUUCUUGUUACUAGGGGGCCGCGGUGGUGUAGGGGUCAGAAUUUGCCUAACACCUAUGCGAUCUGGGUUAGAUCCUCGGCUGAUCCGGUCCGGGAUUUUCACAUGCGGGAAACGUGGUAUACGUUGCCGUUGGCCGGCGGGUUUUCUCGGUGUACUCCCGUUUCCCCCGCAUUUUCGCAUUCUGUCACUUCUCAAUUGUAGAGCAUCACUUCAUGUCAUCCUUCAGGGCUCGCGGAUAUCUACGGGAGCACACUAAGAAAUUCUCUGCUCCUGGGUCUGAUACCCUGCCCUCGGGUACCCUCCCCAUACGCCAUUUAUUUAUUAUGCAUUCUUGUUACUAUAAUUAAUUAGCAAUAAUCUAACUUUGUUUGUUGGAAAAAAUUGCUAAACAUCUGCUUAUGGAUUUGUACUUACCAGUGAAUAAGGGCUGUGAUUCACAAUGUUAUUUCUUUGAAAUUGUCUCCCAUAUGUGUUAUUAUUUAUAUGGUAUGCUCUUGUAGGCUGUGCUGAUCUAUAUACAUUUCAUCCUCAAGACAGUUCUCCAUUACACGAAAAGCAUGGAGAGAGCACAGAUACUGUACAGAGCGAUUUUCACACAGCCGAGAGACCAAAAUAUAAUUUUGCCUGUUUGGUUCUCAUUGCAAACAAAUGUUUGUUUGUUGCUUUUUAUGUAUUAGUAUUUUGAUAUAAAAGAAACAUAUUCUCUAUGUUGAGGCUAUGGAGCACGCUACGGUCUUUGCAUAUAAAUUCCAUAGAAUUUGUAACUGUUAAAAAAACUGGGUAAUAAUGCUGAGAAUUAUUGACUAGAAUUAUAAUUUUUGAAUGUGUGUUUAUAGAAGUGCUUAUUCAUAUUUGUAUAAUGUAAAUAGUAGAAUUUUGUUAUGCAGGUUGUUAUAAACAUGUGUUUUUUUAAAAUGUUUUAAUUACAUUAAACAUCUAUG